AUGCCAUCAAAGAUCUUCACCUCCGACGACAUCCUCGACCUAAUCCACUCUUUCGAAUCAAGCAAACCAUGGAAUAAAACCGACGAAAAACCACCCCUAAUACGCAAUACCUCCUCCAGCUAUCUCUUCAAAACACAGAUUCUUGCCAAUCGACUCUCUCAAGUGCUGAGCGAGUCCGAUCGUAAGACAUCAUUCUCGAAAACGAAACUAGCCCAAAUUCUGGAUAUCGACACAGAGGGUUUAGAAAUCUUAUUACGAUCUCCAGCAUGUGAAGUCAAAUUUGAUCAAAGGGGAAAUAUACUUCCUGUUGCAUUACUCAAAAGGAUCAAAUCUUCUCUGCAAGAUCUGAUUAACACGCGGAUCGUGGACCUCAACAGAUUCGCCCGCGAGCAUGAUCUAGAUUUGCAUGUACUCAAAGCUCUGGUCCGAGAUGAAAUACCUUCUUGGAGAAAACUCGCUUUGGAUGGUACAUCGCCGAAACUCGAUGAGCUGUAUUACAGUGCCGACGCAGGCAAAAGGCUACAUAACAUACUAUCAACACACGUGCAAUCUGCAGAUUCGGCUUCAAUUAAAACUGACAUCACUGCACUUCCGGAAUUCUCGGAGUAUGCAAUCGAAGUGGUGCGUGCAGUCUGGAAUGAUGGAGAUGGGAAGGAACCCAGGGGAACGUUCGUGGUGGAAGGAGGACAUGUCGUGUAUGUCCCGGAUGGCUUUGUACAAGCGGAAGAGCGACGGCGGCGUGAGAUUGUCGAUGCACAUAUCGAAGAGAUUCUGGCGGUUGUAGCGCAGGAGGACUUCUGCGUUCUUGCGGCUGGCGAUGUAAUAUUGCGAGAUGCCAUUGCGAGUAAAGCUGGAGAGGAGGUGGCUUUGGUUUCCACACUGGAGCAAGACGCGAAGUCAGCGAAACGAGCGCAGACGAAGGAGAAAGUCUAUGUAGUUCGCAGCGCGGCUGUGGAGGGUUCUUUGGCGAAGUUGAAGAAUUUCGUCGACGAAAUCAUCCGAACUAGAUGGGCUUCGGGAGAGCGCAAGUUCGAUUUGGGUGAGAUGAUGCGGAACCUGAAAUCAGGAAAAGGACGAAUUCAUUCGCCUCUGGACCAGGUCAUCAUCGGUAGUGGAAGCUACUCCUCCGAGCUGGAGGCACAACUGCGCACAACGACAGCCGCAUGUGAGGCCGCAGACCACGAGACAUACAUCCAGCUCCUAAUCGACCGGCUCCUGAUCCCAGUCCAGCUCUACUCAGCAGGCCUCGACAUCGUGCACGACGAAUCGCUAAAAGCACGACUAAGCACCUACGCCACUUCCCACCUUCUCAGCGAAACAGACUCGCUAGCCGCCGAUUUCAAAGCACAACAAUUACUCACCGGGCCUCGCGAGCGUGAUUUUACCAAAUUCCGGAGCGCAGCCGCCACCGAAAUCUCAGCUCUGCCCGCCCUUCAUACCGCAGCAACAAAGCUCGCCAAGAAAGCCAAAUGGGACGCACAGCCACCCUCAGCCACGCGAACUCGAGAAAUCAAGACCAAAAUCCUCCAACGGACCGCACACGCCAUGAAACCCUCAUCGACAGCCCGUCCAUCAGAUGUUCUCCAACGUGCACUUUGGAUCCUCCUCGGCGUCGCGAAUGAAGGCGUGUUCAUCAGUGCGGGCAAGGAUACGAGUCGGAUGAUUGCUUUGUAUGAGAGUAUUCCCAACGCGGAUGAAAUGAUGGUGGAGAAAUUGAGGGUUCUUAGGGAUAAGCUUAAGAAGGGUGAGGCUGUUGACGACGAGGUCAGGGAGACGAGGGAGCUGGUUAGGAAGCGGGUUGAGGAGUUCGUGAAGGGGAAUUAG